AUGAAUCCGAAAGAGCACUGCAAGGCUAUAACCGUUUGUAGUGGGAUACAGCUACCUAAAAUAAAUGUGAGGAGGCCAGUUGCUACACAAGAAAAUGUACCUACCACAGUUGAGGAGCACUCGGAGGAAUCUGAGCAGAAUAAAGAACAAGAGAAAAAAUUUGAUGAGGUUCCCCAUAAUUUAGGUGCUAGCAUUAACCUCAUGCCUUACUAUAUUUUUUGGAAACUAAACUUGGGAAAGGCAAAUGCAACAUCAAUCUCUUUGCAAUUAGCAGACAUGUCCAUAAAAUUCCUAAGAGAAUUAUUGAAGACGUACUGUGAAGGUCAACAAAUUUAUCUAUCCUACAGAUUUCGUCAUUUGGACAUGGUUGAGGAGGACAAGGACGUGCUAUUGAUAUUGGGAAGACCGGUAAAAUUCAACGUCUUUAAUGCUAUCAAGUAUCUUAUGGAAUUAGAUAGUUUUUUGCGCAUUGAUAUGGUAGAUUUGCCUGUGGAGGAAACUUUCAUUCUUGAGCACCCUCAAGACCACUUGGAAAAUCUUCUUAAUGCACCAAAUCUUGAGCUCAAGCAAUUGCCAUCACAUCUGAGAUGGCCGAGUUGGAAUAGAAGAGACUACUAA